AUGCCUGGUCAAGGUCCUGGUGGAAUGAGCAAGCCAGGUGGCAUUGGUGGUGGUGCAGGAGGGCCUGGUGGCUUUGGAGGCAGCUCUCCUGGUGGAAUGAACCAGCCCGGCGGCAUUGGUGGAGGGGGGGCACCUGGUGCAAUGUCUGGCCAAUUUGGUGGUCCCGGAGGAAUGAACCAGGCCGGUGGAAUUGGUUCCGGCGGGGCAAAUGCAGGAAUGCAGCGUCCUGCAGGUGGUGAUUUUGGAAGAAGCAGGUCUUCGUCACCAAGAGGUAUGCAAUCAACAGGCUUUGGUGGAGGCGGUGGCGGACAAAUGGCCCAACUGAAUAAUCAAGUUGAGCCAGCGACACGCUUCUCAUCCAGUGCCGGCUAUGUGGCGCAGCAAUUGAUCGAGCCCACAGGUUUCAACAUGUCACCGGACGUACCAAAUUUCUUGAGGGAUAGUUAUGACUAUUCAUCGGAAACUCGGAAUGGUGGAUAUGCUGGUUCAAUGCUGCCGGAAGAGGCUAUCAGCUAUGAUGAAAACAGUCCCUAUGAGAUUAGCCCAACGAACCAAAUGGCAAGAAGGAUGAGGGGCGGUGAGUUCUUUUCCAACGCUGCUGACUGGAGUGGUGCGAGAAGCCAGGCAAACAUGUACUACGGCCCAGACGAAGGCUACACACAACCUGGCUACCACACUUCGACAGCUCGCCCCACAAGCGACCUGCUUGCAGAUGCCGCUGACUGGAGCUCAUCUGGUGGUCAAGCCAGCAUCACGCACGAUGCUAGUGGAUAUGGAUUUUACGACAAUUUCCGCGAAGAUGGCUUCUAUUAG